AUGACGGACGAAGCUACAAGAAAUCUGGCUGUGAAGACGGUUGCGGCCGUCUUCAUGCCAGUGGCCGUGAUCUCGGUUAUGCUUCGCUGUUAUGUGCGCGGCUUUGUGGUCAGAGCAUUCGGUCUGGAUGAUGCGGCGAUGUUCUUUUAUGUGAUGUUCUGUGGGUGCAUGAUCGGCGGUACUUUGUAUGGCACUGGAUACAAAUUCGUCAAUCUCGAACCAGACAAUCGAGCCUCUGCGAUGAAAUACUGGUGGCUUUGCGAAACCGCAUACUGCUUUGCCUCGAUUGGUUGCAAGAUCUCGGUUUGCAUUUUCUUGAUGCGAAUCACUGUUAAGAGAAGCCAUAUCUGGACGCUGUACACCGUUAUGAUCCUCACCGUGAUUGCUGGUCUGGUGUUCUUCUUCUUGAUGCUGUUGCAGUGCAAGCCGCUUGUGUUCGCGGCGAUGUGCGAUUUCACUGUUGGUAUUCUUCCGAUUUUCCUUGUCUCGAAAUUGCAGAUGAAGAGAAAGGCCAAGAUGGCUGUUGUCGGCAUUCUGAGCAUGGCUUGCAUUGCCUCAUCAGCGGUCAUCGUUCGAUUUCCUUUCGUUGAGACAUUUGCGAAUGAUGACUUUCUCUGGGCUACUUACCAAAUCGCGAUCUGGUCCUGUAUUGAAGCUGGUCUGGGUAUCACCGCAGGAAGUCUCGCAACACUCCGUCCUCUUCUCCACCACUGGCUUGGUUCUCGACCUGAUAAAUACAACUCGUCCGGAUUUCCUCGAAGAUCAAACUCACGUCGUGUUGCCAGCGGACAACGUGGAUUGCCACUGGGAUCGCUUGAUGUGUCACAUAGAAGUGAGCUUCGACCUGAUAAGCUGGCAGUCAUGGUGACCAAUAUCGAGAGUCAAGGCAUUGCGAGCACGUGGCGACGAUCGUCCUCAGUGAGCAGUAGCGAGCAGGCGUUAACAAAUGAGCGUUCAUCUCAGAUUCCUGGAGGAAAGAUUCAAGUCGGUGUUCAUCAGACGUUUGAAGUUACGCAGACCACAUCAGAUGAGAUUGGAGAGGGGUCUCACAGAUCCGCUAGGGAACAUGUAUAA